UCAAUUUAAUCUUGUUCCGUAGUGUUCCAUUAUAGUGAAUUUGACAAAAUCGAAAGUUUCCAAAGGACAAAUGAUCGUUUUGGUGGGCUGUCAUCGGGCAGCCCCCAAAUACUGUGCCAGUAUGUGGUGGUGUAUAUUUAUAUGUGUUAUAAACAUCAAUAUAUUUGGAGUGUCAGCGUCUGACAACAAACAACUACAAGUAUCUCCAGAGGCUGAUGGAGCGUGUUCCCUGAAGCAGUUCCAGUGUAAGAACGGAAAGUGUAUACCGCUGUCAUGGGUCUGCGAAGGGGAGAACGACUGUGGUGACAACUCGGAUGAAAACAUCGACGAAUGCAAAAAAGAAAGUCGAACCUGCACAUCAUCGGAGUUCCGAUGCAAGACAGGGCGGUGUAUACCGUUAUCAUGGCGAUGUGACAACGAGAAGGAUUGCUCCGAUGGAUCAGAUGAAGAACCAGGAACAUGCAAAGUGGAGGCUUGCGAUCCCGAAGAGUUCACUUGCCGGGGAAAACACGGCGAAUGCGUGCCGCUCACCUGGAUGUGCGACGACAACCCGGACUGUUCCGACGGAUCUGAUGAAAAAGCAUGCAAUGAAACAUGUCGUUCUGAUGAAUUCACAUGCGGGAAUGGGAAAUGUAUACAACAGCGAUGGGUAUGCGAUGGUGAUGAUGAUUGCGGUGAUGAAAGCGAUGAAGUCAAGUGUCCGACACCUACGUGCCAACCUCACACGCAUUUCUCUUGUGCGGAUGGCCAUUGCAUAUCUGCUAGAUGGCGUUGUGACGGUGAUAUAGACUGUCCAGAUGGAAGUGACGAAUUGGAAUGCGCAACCACACCGAAGACUACAUCACCAUGCUUGUCAACCGAGUUCGAGUGCCGUGACCGCAUGACUUGCGUGCACAGAGCGUGGGUAUGUGACGGUGAUCGUGACUGUCCAGGCGGUGAUGAUGAAGCACUGGAACUCUGUAGAGGAAACGUUACAUGUCGAUUGGACCAGUUCCAAUGUAAAGACCACAGCUGCAUCCCAGGAGCGUUGUAUUGUAACGGGGAUAAGGACUGUCCUGAUGGCAGUGAUGAAUUUAAUUGCACCCGUGCGAAGCCUGUUUGUGACAAGAAGACAGAAUUCGACUGUGGCGGAGGAAUGUGCAUUCCUUUAUCGAAGCUAUGUGACAAAAAACCGGACUGUCCAAACUUCGAAGACGAGCCAAGAGACAAGUGCGGGGAGAACGAAUGUGAAAAGAACAAUGGCGGAUGCACGCAACUCUGUGUCGAUACACCCGUUGGAUACUACUGCGAUUGUAAUAAAGGAUACAAGCUUAUAGACAACAGGACAUGUGAAGAUAUCGACGAAUGUGCCGACCCAGGUGCCUGUUCUCAAAUGUGUAUCAACGAGAAAGGCACAUUCAAAUGUGAGUGCCACGCUGGCUAUGCUCGAGACCCCCGCGAACGUACAAGGUGUAAAGCGACAGAAGGCCACCCAUCUCUGUUAUUCGCUAGACGUUUCGACAUUCGCAAGAUCAGUCUUGACCAUCAUGAGAUGGUAGCCAUUGUUAAUGACACAAAAUCGGCGACAGCAUUGGAUUACGUUUUCAGAACUGGAAUGAUAUUUUGGAGCGAUGUCGCAGAUGAGAAAAUCUACAAAGCACCAAUAGAUGAGGGUAGUCAACGUACAGUCGUCAUCGGUGAUCAAUUAAUCACAUCAGACGGAUUGGCCGUGGAUUGGAUAUACAACCACCUUUACUGGACAGACACCGGGAAGAACCACAUCGAGUUGUCGGAUUUGCAGGGUAAUAUGAGGAAGGUGCUCAUCAGGGAUCAACUGGAGGAGCCAAGAGCGAUCGCAUUAAACCCACUUGAUGGGUGGAUGUAUUGGACCGAUUGGGGACAGACGCCGAAGAUCGAGCGUGCUGGAAUGGACGGUUCACAUCGGGAAACAAUCGUUUCCUAUGAAGUGAAGUGGCCCAACGGUCUUACGUUGGACCUUGUACGCAAACGAGUGUAUUGGGUGGAUGCCAAACUGAACACGAUAUCCUCGUGCAACUACGAUGGAUCAGGUCGUCGCGUUAUCCUGUACUCGACGGAUGUACUUCGUCAUCCGUUCUCCAUCACCACAUUUGAAGAUUGGGUGUAUUGGACCGAUUGGGACAAGACAGCAGUGUAUCGCGCUAACAAGUUCAAUGGAAAAGAUGUUGAAGCUGUUACAUCCACACAUACGCUUCAAAAUCCGAUGGUCAUCCACGUCUACCAUCCCUAUCGUCAACCGGAUGGCGUUAACCACUGCGCCGCUGUCAACGGACACUGCUCUCACCUCUGCCUUCCAGCACCAAGGAUAGGAGCCCAUGCACCGCGUGUUUCUUGCGCUUGCCCUAAUGGUUUACGACUGCUCCCGGAUAACCAGAUGUGCGUCGAAGACAAUUCGAUAAAACAAGAUGUGGACGUGCAAAAACCGAUUACUAGUACUAAAGCGACUGUAGUUAUCGAAGAAAAACCUGUAACCAGUAUUCCAGAAACACCAAAGACUACUACUGGAAUCUCGAACAAUGGCCGCGACGCUGGCGUCAUAGCUGGUAUCGUUGUGGGAGUCAUCUCUGGAAUUAUUAUAUUGGCUGCAGUAAUUGCAGUUGUUAUGUACAGACAUUAUGUGCAUCGCAACGUCACUUCUAUGAAUUUCGACAAUCCUGUAUACCGCAAGACUACGGAGGACCACUUCGCUCUAGAGAAAAAUGGUUACGCACCAGGCAGCAAAUUGUAUCCCAGUACAGUGGGAGAAGAGGUAAGAGCACUAACUGCCAUGGAGUGUACACUUAAUAUACAGAAUAGUCUAAGAUAAGUCGCGUAAAAUUGUACUGCCCUCCAAGAUGGAGCCAAUUACUGAUAAGCGGGUGUUUUUGUCUUCAACCCUACUGAAAUAUUAAUUUUAUAUAGUUUAUUGUAAACUACAAAUUUUAAGAGAUAAUUUAUUUUCUAAACCUCACUUAAGUCUUAGGUACUUACAAUGAAAUAAGACCCCAAAACUAAUUAUGGCCAAAUUAUAGUAUUGUAAAUACAAGGUUAAAUCUAGGAUUAUUAAAUUAAAGUAAAUCUAAGGUCUGCCUAAGACAUUUUAAACUUGAUGUACUUAGACUAUAUUUACUAGAUAUUGUUUUAAGGAUUUUAUAGAAAAUAUUUUCGUUUAGAUAUAAGAUUGUGGCAAUUUAAAUGUGCCAACAUUUUUACCGCAUCAGUAUUAAAAAAAUAGUUGCCAAAUAUUGGUUAUAAAUGGUAGGUGUUAAAGCUGUAAAUAGUCACUUUGAAAUUAGCAUUAUAAUGAUUUUAUAUUCUGCUACUAUUGCUUAACCAUAGAAAUUACACAAAAGUUUUACUGCCGAUAAAUUUAUUUUUCAUGCGUAAACAUGCGAGGGCUAUUAAUCAAUUGGUAAGUUUUUAGAAAGUAGAUAAAAAAGCCUUUUUUAUUAGUGGCGUGAUUUUGAUGUAGAAAAAAAUAUUUUGCGCUGUUUUCAUAUAUCUGCACUAGGCAUUUAUAUACGUAAAAUUAUGUAUAUGUUUAU